CCCCCCCCCCCCACAUGUACUAGGGUAACCAAGAUUCCUACAACAUUGCAUUCAUCAUCUCUUUUAAAGUUCAUUUUUUGCAUUUAGAAACUCCAUUACAUUCUAGUGAAUAAGGAGUUGUAGUUUGAUGGACAAUUCCAUGUUCUUUACAUAAUUCAUCGAAAUGACCAUCAUACCACCUCCUCUUUUGCUUCUAACUAUCUUUAUAGUUGUUUUAACCUGAUUUUCAACCUCGAGCUUAAAUUCCUUGAAUAUAUCUAAGUUUUCAUAUUUGCUACGUAAUUAAUUUACAUAACAAUAUUUUGUGCAGUUAUCUUUGAAGAUCACAAAGUAUGUUUUCCCAACUUUAGUUUGUGUGUAUUUUAAAUCAGGUUAAUCAGUAUGAAUUAUACCUAGAGGUUCAUUGGUUCUUUCAAGGUGAUGGCGUUUUGUGAGCUUACCAUGCACACAUAUUUCACAUUUUCAAUACUUGUUUUGUAUUUUGGGAGUAUAUUUAGAUUCAUUAAUCUUUGUAUCUAGUUGUAGUUCAGAUGGCCUAAGAAUUCAUGCCAUAUAUUAAAAGACUUAAUCAAAUAAGCAUAUGGCUUCUUCUUAUUCAUUGAAACUUUUGGAGCUAUACUUUCAGAAGGAUUGUCAUUACAUUCAUCUUGACCACUCCAUCCUUAACAUACCCUUACCCAAGUAAACUUCAUUCUUCCUAAAAACGAGCUUGUCAGCCCCAAGAGUCAUGGCCAACACACAACAAUCUGUCAUCAUCGAUUUCCAGCUACAAUCUAUCAUUGACAAUCAAGGUAAUUUUAAUGACUCUACGACUGAGAGCAUGGAAUUCAUGUUAACUUAUCAUGAGAUUCAUCACCCCGACUCAACAUUCCUUAUUCAAGAGACUAACCCAUUUGUGAUGAUUUUACUAAGAGAGAAGGACAAUAUCUUAGCUAAUGAUCUUCAAGUUACUCUAACCAUCAGAGACUACAAUCAAAACGCUACUGUAAGACUUGACGUCGAUCUAAUCAUCACGGACCAAGAGGGAACUAAUAGGCCUCCAACUACAAAAGAGGAAAAUGAUAUAUGCACUAUCUUCUUCGAGAAUUGCAACUAUGUAAACAAUAUUUGCUCUUGUACAUGCGGCCGUAAUUUUUAUUUUCUUUGAAUUGAUUAAUGGCUUCGUACAAAUAUAAGUUGUCAACUGUGUAGGGAAAGUAAUCUAUGAGUCCAUCUUAGAUACUAUUAAUAAGGAGGUUAUCAUGUUUUAACCUCCAAUAUCAUUUCAGUACUAUUUUCAACUUCAGUUAUAAACAUCAAACAAAAUAAAAACAUAUCUUUCCUCACUAAUAAAUAUUUAUCCCUAACCAUUCCGUUCGACCCUGAAUAUCAUAUACAUUUCAACUAACACAAUAUAUACACAACAUAGUUUUAGAAUUAAAAUUACACUAAUAAACACGUACUAGAUCCGGACCCGCCUGAACGGGCGGGAUUUUAUUCAUAAAACUUAAAUUGUUCGUAAAAAUAUAUUUAGUGUUAUCUCUUUUGAUCAUAAUCUUGUAUAAAAUAUUUGAUGUGUUGUAAUUUUUGAAUAAGUUCUUAUAAUUUGGUUAAUUUGUUUAAUAUGCUAUGAAAAGACACAUUUUAUAUAUAUUGUUGAUUACAUGUUUAGAAAAUUUGAAGUAAGUUUUUCAGUUAUAUUAGAAAUUCUGAAGUAAUAUGAAAUAUAGUUGAUAUUUAUUAAAUAUUUAAAUAAAAUGUACAUGUAUUUUUGUGAAAUUUAUUUUUAUUUGCAACACAUUAUGAAAGUAAUAAACUAAGUUAAUAUUUGAAGUGAUACGAAUGCAUGUCAUUUGCCAAACCAUUACCCAUUUUUUCAAACCAAUCGUGUGUGGGAGAAAAAUCAAAUAUAUGAUUUAGUUAGAUUUCAUUAGGUAGAUUAUAAUUUAUAUAUUAAUAUAUAUAUUUAUAUAUAUAUAUAUAUAUCACACACAAAUAGAUGUUAGGUACAACAUAAUAUUUUUGUUUUAAUAAAAGAGAUGAAUAGGUCCAAAUUUAAAUGACAAUCUUCAAACAGUAGAUAAAAAUAAGACUCUAUUUUAAUAGAUUAGAUUUUUUUUUGUCUUGUCUCCAUUAAAUUAUUUUUGGUAUAAUUUGCAAAAUUCUUAAAAUCAGAUUUUAUUUCAUUUUCCUUACAUUAUUUAAGAAUAAUAUACUAACAACUAACUCAUUAGACACUACUAACCAACCCCAUAAACCCCAGCUUUUGAACAUAAAAGCGCUAAUAACGCUAAUGGUCGAUAAAAUCAUAACGAAGAUAAGAUAUGAAAAUAUGUACAUAUAUGAAUUCGCCUGUUAUUCUUAUAUCAACCUAAUCAAACUGUGUGACUUCCAAUGUUUCAUUCAUCGCCAUUAUAGUUAAGCCAGAAAAAACAAAUGUAAACAAAAAAAACGACAAAAUCCCGUACACAAAACUACACAAUUCAUCAACAACGUACCCAACUCCGCGCUUGCACAUGAGCUAUGCCCCUAGUUUAAAUAGUUAUAGAGUUCAAGUAUGAAUUUGCACUUACUUUUUGGUCUAAAAACCAAGACCGAAAUUGUACAGGUCAAAAUUGGCUAUUUUCCCUAACUUGAGCACCGCAACAUCGAAAAGGUGGAAAACAAUAGAAAUAGCAACAAAGCUUCAAGCGGCUGAUCCUUAGAAUCUCAAACAUAACAGUAAGAAAUAAUAAUGAUUGAUAAUCGUUACACGACUCACCAAUCAUCAGGAGUGAUGAUCUUAGACCACCUCCAACGGAGGCUUUUAGAGGUGGUUCUUAAAAAAAAUGAAAAAAAGGAAAAAUCAAGAGAACCAGUGUCUAACUAAGGGGUACGUGCCCUCUGUGUAUUGGUCGUCUCUCUCUCUCUUCCUUCGUCGAUGGUUUUUUUUUUGUCUCAGAUCCACAGUUCAAACGAUCUCGAAUCUACUCGCCAUGAACAACACCAUGCUGAACUGCUAAGGUUUGAAGAUGAAGAGGUUGAAGAGAGCUAUCAAAGGCUGAGGGAAAGAGAGAGAAGCCAUGCGUAUCUGCAUAACUGUGCUAGGGCUUACUGCUCUACCAUGGACCAUACUUAUCUCAUCCCUCAUCUACGCUUGAUCAUGGUUCAAUGGAUAUUGUGCAGGUGGAGCGAAGACAUAAAGCUUGUGGAGUUGUACAUAAAGCUUGUGGAGCAAUCAAAUGUCAUUGAUGUGCCUGGUUUGUCUUAUAGAAACAUCCCUUCCGUUGCCUCAACUGCUAUAGGAGAGCUGGCUAUAUCCAAAGGAAGACAGGGAAGAGAAGCACAAAACCUAUUGAGGGUAACUCGGUAUAUGUGGCGAAUAUUCGUCUGGCGAAUAUUCAUCUUAAGGGAGUUGAAACAGGUGUCUUAGUUACUACAUAUGAACCUAUUCUCAUCAAGUAAGUCUCACCAACGUUAACCUUGUUGUUGUUCGACAUUGUCUUUGGGUCUCAUGUGUUUUGUAUAUUGUGCAUAUGAACCUAUUCUCAUGUUUUUUUUUCAUGGUUGUUUAAAAUUUUUAAUUAUAAAUUUGUAUUUGUAUUUUUAAUAUGUUCUUAUGUCAUAUUUGUUUAAAUUUUAUGAAAUCCAAUAAUUUAUAA